GGUCAUGAUAAAGGUGAUAAAUGAAACGUAAGCGUGUAAUGCGCCGCAAUUUGGUCGCUAUUACUACGUGUUGUACCCGCAUGUCGCGAACGCGGAAAAAAUUUAUAUUAUUUUAAAUAAUUAUUGGAGCAGAUAGCCAAAGAAUAAACUGCUCUCUGUGCAUAAUCGUACAAUACGGUAUCUCAUGUGUAGCGCGCUUUAAAAUGAAUAUUGUUUGUAAGAUAGAAGUGGACAAUGUACAGUAGACAAUGUGUCAUUCUUCUCUUAUUUAUUCUUGUGCAGGCAGAUGAAUUUAUUUUGGACGAUGUGCCAUGCACUUAUAAGUUUAAGCAAAAAUGUCAUGGAGAUAUAGAUAAUUAUAAUAUAAUUGAAUACCAGCAUCCUUCAGUUAUUAAUUAUUGUACUGCUGAAGAUGUUCCUGACAAUAUCAAUUUUUAUGUAAAGAGGGAUGAAAAGAGAGGGAAUUUAAGUGAUUCUCUGAAAAUUGAGUUUGCACCUCCCAAAAAAGAAUGCGGAUUAGGAGUAGCCUUAUUGGUUAAUCCUUUGAUUAAGAAUGAAAGAGAAUGUGAAGAGUAUAAGUUUGAAGAAAUGGAUGGCGUUAAUUCAAAUGUACAUACCAUAAAAAGGGCUCUGUGUAUUCUUAGGAAUACUAAUCAACCUGUAAAAUAUAAUGAUAAUUCGACAGUAUCCUUAUGCGAGGGCAAUAUUAAACUGUGGUUUCAACACAUCUUUACAGGAUGCUAUGCACUUCGAUUUUACAUAGGUAGACAAAAAUAUGCAAUAAAGGAUUAUAAUAAAUUUGUAAACACUACUUAUCAACGUACAGAAGUGACAGAACCACAGUUUAUCUGUAAAUAUGACUCAAAUUAUAAUAUUGAUCAAAGACAUGAAAUAACAAAUUUUACAUUAGAUACUUCCCUACCAAUAGAUACAGGAUUGUUACUUGACGUGGCAUUGAUAUCACCACAUAAAAAUUCAGAACAAGGUUGUGUCUGGAAUGGAGAACCACUAAAAUACAGAUGGACAAUUAAUCUGGAAACACCGGAAAAUCAUUGCAAUGUAAAAUUGAUGCGGACCGGGAGCGGGGAAUAUAUGAGGAUUGUACAGUGUAAUUUUCAAGUACAAACUACACCAACUGCACAUUAUUGCUUCAUAUUUUACAUAUUUGAUGAUCGAUGCUUUAGAAAUACUAUCUGGAAGCCACUGCAUGCAAAUACGAUGCUGUGUACAUGGGUGAAACGUUGCGUGAAUGCUUCGUUAUAUCACAAGAGUGAGAUGAUAAAAUCAGAUAAAUUGCUGACUGCAAACUUACAUCUACUGUUGCCGAUCAUCAUUAUCGUAUUGAUCGUAUCGGGGAUAAUCGGGACAUUAUGUUUCUGGCAUCUAUGUAUUCGAAAGAAGAAGGUUACCUUAUAUGUUAAUCCACAACACGAUGAUUUUCUGAACUCUGCUUGUUUUGAAUCCACCGAUCUCAGUAUCGUUGACAACAACGACAGUGAGAAAGAAAUCGAUCACGAUAAUCUUUCUUCCGACGAUAUUGUUCUUCUUUAUACUAAAAAUUCGAUAUCUUUUAUGGCAUUGAUGAAAGAUUUUCGUGAAACACUUGCCAAGAUGUGCUCCUGUUCUGUAUACGACUGGUAUGAUGAAGCUGAAUGGAAUAACGUAGCUAAAGUUGGUCCUGUUUCAUGGUUCACCAAAUUGCUUAACGGUAAAUGUCGUGCUAUUUGGAUAGAUACACCGACAACAAGAUCCAUCGUUAUAUCAAGGGAAAACGAUUUGGGCCUGAAUAAAGUCGGUAAAUAUUAUGAAAUAGGCGGUGAUUUUCGCGACGUGGCAUUUCCCGUUGUACUUGAAUUAGCAAAACGUAAUACAAAUGAUGCCGUGCACCAGUAUCGCAGACAUUUCGUUGUGAGAUUCGAAGGGUUGGAAAGCACGGCAAAUGUGAACGAUCCGUUUCUGGAUCUCUCUCCUCACGCGCGAUAUCGCAUGCCACAGCAUCUUGCGCAAUUGUGUUUAGACCUGUAAGUAUGGAAACAUUUUUGGAAUAACAUCUCGUCGUACUUUCUCCUCUCGAAGAUGCGGUUGUAUCCCUCGAAUUUUGUGCAUCUUUUGGUGAUCGUCGCCGUGUUCGGUGUAACCCUUGGUAGCCCUUUGACAUUCUUACUGCUGACGAAUACAUCGUAUACACGGCCAAAUGUUGACCAAUCUAGUGCGGCGAAUAGACUGAAAAAUGAUAUUAAGCCGGCCGGCGAGAAAAAGAAUGGUUUUACGUCAACUUGGACCAGGAUUUUACAGAAUCCGCCAGAUUCUUUGGAAGCCGCCGUUGGGAGUCGUGUCGAAUUGCAAUGCGAGGUAGCUGGAAAUCCGCCGCCCCAAGUCUACUGGAUAACUGGAAAUGAACCAGAAAGGCAGAUUCAGGAAUUGACCACGCGGGCCCAAGAAGCGACCAAUGUCGUAUCCACGGAAUGGGAGGGGGUCAGUCAAGUCUCCUCCACGUAUGUGAUCGAUUGCGUCAGACCUGAAGAUCAAGGUUUAAAGUAUUGUGUAUCCGUGUCUAAAAAUAUAGUGGCCCAAUCGGCAGCGACGGUACUCUUGGUUAAUACAACCAGAACAACCGUAUGCAGUAGCGAAAGCCAACCCACCAUCACCUUGCACUCUUCCUGGAGAUUCGCUCUUCAACACAACACGGUGAUUCUUCCGUGCAGAGCCACUGGUCAACCGGCGCCUUAUCUAUUUUGGAUAGAUAAUUUGGGCAACACCAUAAGUCCCGCCACACACGUGAGACAUACCGUUCUCGCUAGUGGCGAUCUGCAGGUAACGGAUCUCGAAUGGGCCGACAUGGGUGAAUACACCUGCAAGGUGCAAUCGGGAUAUACGGAAAAGAGUGUAUCCACAUUUCUGUAUCCCGUACGUUCCGUACGUAUGUAAUUAACUUUUGCGGAUUUUUAGUACAGCUUAUAGAUCUAAUGUAUCUAAUGUAUUCCAAGAAAUUAUCGUUAAUAGUUAAGAAAAUCAUUGAUGUUCACAAUUCUCUCAAAUAUGUUCAAUAUAAUGUCAUAGAUAAUCUUUUUUUAACACAACAAAGUGAUUGCGACUGUAUGAUUCUUUCUAUUUUUCUUCUAGGAAUCAGAAAUAAGACAAACGGAAAAUCCCGCAUAAAAGAGACUUGACACUAUUUCUGCAUUUCCUUUUUGCUACAACCGCGUAUAUAAGUGCGAAUAACAUCUGUUACACUUAUAGUUUAUAUAUUGUCUAAAAACAGAAUGUAGUUUAAUUAUAUAGAAGUAUUAUAUAUGUAUUAUAGAAGUACUUAUUAUUAUUAUUAUUAUUAUUAUUAUUAUUACUUUUUUUUGUUACAUUUACGAUACCAGUGUUGCUUUUCCUUGGAAGAUCAAUAUUUGCACGAUAAAUUCGCUUUCCACGUUGGGUCAACGCAUAUACGGAAGAGCUCUCUUUGAGCUUCUCUUUGAAUUCACAUCGAAGAAAAUUUAUAGAUGAAUUCAAAGCAGUUUUAAUAAACGUGACCUAUGCGAUCUGCA